CGCAAACAAAGCCCCUUGAGGAGCAGCCGCCAUUAACCACUCUAAAAUGGUAAAAGGCUCAAAGCUUUAAGCGAGUUGAAUUUGUAACCAAAGCUGACCAGACUUUUGAAACUGACAGGAAAGAGAGACUUGUUACAGAGGGGAGAUGAGGGAGACCCGCGGCUUGGAGGGUGGGUUGUGGGUGUUAUAGAAUGGUCAAAUGUUACCGGUGGCGCCAGUCAAUGGUUGAUAAACCUCUCUCUCUCUCUCUCUCUCUCUUAUAUGUCUGUCAUUUAUCUCUCUACUUGGGUCGUUGAAGAAUUCUGUGGAAGAGGGGCUUGGGUUUCGGGAGACUAAGGUGGGCAGAUUCCGAGAGUUGAAUUUCCUUCUGGGUUUUCUUCUCUGCGGUUUCUGGGUUUCAUUUCAAUUUCGAAGCUUGGUGGAGCGAAAAUGGCUCAACGUUCACAUGUUCCAAAGUUUGGCAAUUGGGAAAGUGAAGAGAAUGUUCCUUACACUGCGUACUUUGAAAAGGCACGAGUGGGUAGAAGUGGUGGGAAGCUGAUAAAUCCAAAUGAUCCCCAAGAGAACCCAGAUAUUUUUUAUGCUCCUUCUAAAACCAGAGCUGAACCAGAGGAAUUAAGCAGUGAAGAUGGUGACCUCAAGCAAGUCACAGGGUCUCCAGCACGAUAUAACCGGGCAGGUCUUGGAGGUUAUGAUGAUUCUACACAACAUCAGGGAGGCCAUGGAUUAAGUCCUGGUGAAAUCAAUCGAAAACAUCCAAGACAAAGUGCUGGAUCUGAGCAUGGCAUUGAACGCUCACCACUUCAUCCACAUUACGUGGGAAGGGUCACAGGGAAAGGCAGUAGAGUCUCUUCCCCUUCUUGGGAAGGAAAGGUUUCACAUGACGCUAGCCAUGGCACUCCUGGAAGAUCACGAAUGAAGCCAGUUGCUCGAAGCGAUGACAGUUUAGAUAAAGGUGCCGCUGUCCCAAAAUUCGGUGAGUGGGAUGAGACCAACCCUUCAUCAGCUGAUGGUUAUACUCACAUUUUCAACAAAGUGCGGGAAGAGAGGCAUACUGGGGGAACAAAGGUACCAGGAAUGGACUCUGAGCCAUCUUAUGGCAAAAUUAAUGCUGAUGAGAGCCACAAGGUAUGGCAUUCCAUUUUUUUUUACUUGCAGCAUUCCAUUAGCUCUUGCUACGUUUGGCUAAACAAAUUAUCGUAGUUCUACUUAUUUCUCCCUGCUGCUUUUCAGAGUUGCUGCUUCCCAUGGUGCAGAAAAUGAGAUGUUUCAACCCUGUGGAUAACAAUUAGGUGUGUGUAACCUGGGUAUUACUUUGAAGGCUGUGUCUAUGCAGAGUAACUUCAAAAAAGUGCAAUAUUCUUUCUCCCCAUUUGUGUGCUUUUUAUUUAUUUAUUUAUUUAUUUUGGUAAUGAACCUGAGGUUUUGAUGGGAAAAUCAUCCAUCUUUUUCUUGGCCUUCCCACUGGUUAGUGUACUACUUGACUUCCAUUUUCUAAAUUAUGUUUGGCUGGAAGAGAACCAGAUGCAGAUUCUUUUAUUCUAUCUCAGUACAUUGUUCUUGCCUUU